AUGUACCCUCCUUGCACAUUCAAACAGACACAAACAGAGCGAAAUCGUAUCAACAGCGGGCCUGAGACCCUGGCAGCGGCCAUACAGGCCGAGGUUUCUUCGAUGGACAGCCAAGGAGGAGCAGCAGAGAAGCCACUGCUAUCACCUGGAUCGGGUAACAGCUGCUGGGGAACUCGAAAGUCAGCUGGCGCAAUGCAUACGUGUCUCCAGUCACAGUUUCAGCGACCAGUGAACGUAUGUGCCGUCGGUCUGCUGGUACCUUUCCAUCAGUUGCUCGCCCUCGUACGUAGCCAUUCCUUCUUCGGAAAACUAGCAAGCGGCGUACAAGAUGUAGUAGUGGCACCGCCGGCAGAUUCCUCCGCCGAGGAGCUACAAAUACUUACGAUCCUGGAUACCCUCGCUGCGGCGGUUUGCUAUGUACGGAACCUGCAGGCUUGGGUCGCUCUGCAACGUUUCAACACACCCGCGGACACGCUCGACUUGCUCCUUCCAGAUGCCGAAGCGACGGGCGCUGGUCGCCGCCGACCAGCGAGUCCUAUAUCUGCAGCGCAUCUCGAUUCCAGCAGCCAAGACAGCGGGAAUAUAUCCAUCAAUACAAAGCGAGAUCUUCGCGAGACAAGCGAUACUCUACAAUCACGGAGUUGCACGUACUGCCCAGACCGUUCUAUUCUUGAAGACUGGUUUUUCAAGCAUUUUGAUCACCCAUACCCUUCCGAGAGGGAGAAAUGCGAACUCGCCUUUCGAAGCGGGUUAACCCUGCGGCAGGUGAACGAUUAUUUUGCAAACAAAAGGGUGCGUUGCCGCCGGCGAGCCGAAACUUUGCGCCGUCGUGCGGUACCUCCGAGCUCGCCGCCUGGGGUCAUGCAAAAAUCCUGGUCCGUACCACUCGGCAGAGACGUGGCAGUCGAUUUCUCGAGGCGCGGCGCGGUGUGGCGCGCUCGCGUCCUCCCGUACGCCAAACAUCUGCUGUCAAGGGAAACGUUCUGA